AUUCGAUGAAUGUGUAAUCAGUUGAUGGGAAGAGAGGAGUAGGAUACAAAGAGUUGUUUGGAGUUAAUGUGCACUUGAAUCACCAUUAAACUGUUGCACUUCUCUAUAACGGGAAACGAUCAGUUAUAUAAAGCAUACACGUACUGGUAAUAUUUUGCACGUAAAAAUGGCGAAAAAUGAAGUAGCGGUUGGAAUAGACCUAGGCACCACAUACUCGUGUGUUGGUGUUUGGCAAAAUGAUCGAGUUGAAAUCAUUGCAAAUGAUCAGGGGAACCGCACGACACCGUCGUACGUUGCUUUCACUGAUACGGAGCGUUUCACGGGCGAUGCUGCUCGGAAUCAGUCUGCUUUGAAUCCUGUGAAUACUGUUUUCGAUGCUAAAAGGUUGAUUGGAAGGAGGUUUUAUGAUUCGACAGUUCAAAGUGACAUGAAGCUGUGGCCAUUUAAGGUUGUUGGUGACAAUGGUGACAAACCAAAAAUUGUUGUGAAUUACAAAGGUGAGGAGAGGAGAUUCUCCCCUGAGGAGUUGUCUUCAAUGGUUCUUCUGAAGAUGAAGGAGAUUGCCGAAGAAUACCUUGGAAAGAAAGUGAAGAAUGCUGUUGUCACAGUCCCUGCGCACUUCAAUGACUCGCAGCGCCAGGCUACCAAAGAUGCAGCAACAAUAGCUGGCCUUAAUGUGUUGCGGCUUCUCGUUGAGCCAACAGCUGCUGCUGUUGCUUAUGGUCUUGAUAAAAAUCUGACAAGUGGAAUGGAAGGCGAGAAAACUGUUCUUAUUUUUGAUCUAGGUGGUGGUACAUUUGAUGUCUCUCUUCUCAAAAUUAAGAGGGAUAAUAUUGAAGUGCUCGCUACUGCUGGUGACACUCAUCUAGGAGGCGAGGAUUUUGACAAUCGUUUGCUUAACCAUUUUGUGAAGGAAUUUAGAAGGAAGUAUGGAAAGGAUAUCAGUCGAAAUGCUAAAUCUUUGAGAAGAUUGAGAAAUGCAUGUGAAAAGGCGAAGAGAAUACUCUCACAUAAUGCUACGACGACUAUUGAUAUAGAUUCUUUGUAUGAAGGAAUUGACUAUAGCACCAAAAUCACCCGAGCCAGAUUUGAGGAUUUAAACUUGGACCUUUUCAGAAGUUGUUUGGAUACUGUGGAGAAGUGUCUGGAAGACGCGGAGAUGGACCAAAGCAGUGUCCAUGAUGUUGUACUUGUUGGUGGAUCUACUAGAAUUCCAAAAGUGCAACAACUGUUGCAGCAGUUUUUUGAAGGGAAGGAACUUUGCAAGAAUAUAAACCCUGAUGAGGCUGUCGCGUAUGGUGCUGCUGUUCAAGCUGCUACAUUAAGCGGGGAGGGUCAUCAGAAGAUCAAGAAUUUGGUUCUCCUAGAUGUUACUCCUCUGUCUCUGGGGGUUGCAAUUGAAGGCGGACUGAUGUCUGUAAUUAUUCCAAGAAACACAACUAUUCCAAAUACUAUGCAAAAAGUGUAUUAUACCUGUAGUGAUGAUCAGAAAAUCGUUAAAGUAAGUGUUUACGAGGGUGAGAGGGCAAGGACUGAAGACAACAAUUUACUUGGAGAGUUUAAACUAUCUGGCCUGCCUCCAGGCCCAAGGGGUAAAGUUAAGUUUUUGGCAACAUUUACAAUUGAUGCCAAUGGGGUAUUAAGUGUAUCUGCCAAGAAUGAGGAUAAUGGAGUGAGAAAUAGCAUUAAAAUAAAGAAAAGUGGAACACUCACGGCGGCAGAGAUUGAAAGAAUGGUGAGAGAUGCUGAGCAGUUCAAGGUUGAAGAUGAGAAGUUUAGGAGAAAGAUUAGAGCAAUGCAGGAAUUUGAGGAUUAUGUAUAUAACACGAGGGACAAUACUGAAGGAAACUACAGGCUUAAAGCUUCCGUCAAGAAGAUGAUAAGUUAUUCUAUCAAGGAGGCUAUCGAGUGGCUAGAUGCAAACCGGGAUGCUGAAGAAUAUGAGUACGAGUUCAAGAAACAGCAAUUUGAAGCAAUGUGCAACCACCUCAUUCCUGGCAUGGGAGGUAUCAGCAUUGAAGAAAUUGAAUAACCUGAUUGUUUGAUAGCUUUGAACUAUUUAUUAUGUUUGGAUUCUCAGAAUUUUAUCUUAUUUUGGUUAAUCUACAAGCAAUCAUUGCUGACAAAAUAUAAUUACUUCCUGUGUGUUUGAUUUCA